CGCAAAGGAAGGAAGGAAGGAAGGAAAAGCGCCCAGACAAGCACAACCAUGGCGAGGCUGACGAUGGCGUGGACACUGCUGCUGUCGCUGCUCUUCUCGCUGCUCGCCUUUGGCGCCUCUGCGGGUGCACAGGCGACGGUGUCGAGCGGCAAGGGCACGACGCAGGUCCACCACAUGGGCAUCCCCUACCCAGCCUUUUCGUCGCACAACUCCACCCACCUCGGCCGCUUCACCCAUCUCCAGCCUCGCUUCCAGCGCCUGCUCCGGCAUGGCCAGGACCCCAACGACAAGACGCAGACGGCUAUCCUCGUUGCGGGCCGGCCAGGGCACGAUGAUGUGGGCGAAGCAACGGGCGCGAGGGUCGUCGCAGCCCUCAACCCGCGCAACGGCGAGCCCGUCUGGCGGCGGAUCCACAACAAGACGGACCCCGUGACGUCGAUGCACACCUCGUCCGACGUCCUCGUAACCCUCAGCGGGCUCCACCAGACGCGUGUCGCCCUGUUCCAUGCCUUGUCUGGCCAGGAGCUCUGGUCGCGCACGAUGGACGCCCGGGUGUCGUCGCACCAGGGUGUCUCCGACGCUGCCCUCGUGCCGCUGUCGUACACCCCACCGGCCGGCUCUGGCUUUGCUGCCGCUGCGCCCGACGUCAUCGUCGUCGACCGCGACGGCACCGUGCAGCGCUUCGCCGGCGUCAAUGGCCGGUCGCUCUGGGUGACAAAGGCCGAGGAGGAGGCGCAGCGCCAGCAGGACGGUGCGCUGCCCGUCAAGGUGCAUGCAACGCAGCAGCACGUCGUCGUCGUCUACCUCGUGCCGGCCCAGGCCUCCAGGCUCCUCAGCGCCUUUUCGUCGGGACAGACGUACUCGCUCAGCGUUGAUGUCCUCUCGGGCCGGACGGGCAAGCGGCUGUCGACUUUCGACGUCCCCGGCUCCAGUGUCGACAUGGCUAGCCUGCCGUUUCCCCUCUCCAACAGCGACGCAAAGACGAUUAGCAACAUCGCUAUUCUGGGCAAGGAUGCCACUGACGACAAGAGCAUCGUCAAGCCGCAGCUCGUCUGGCUCCAGCGCGACGGCUCCGUCAAGUCGCUCGACGUCGUCCUGCCUGCUGGCGACGACGACGAGGAGGAUGGAGGCGCAGGGCAGGUCGUCGUCACCAUCAGCCCGAGUGCGAUCACCACCGUCAAGCCGAGGCAGGCCUCGCGCUUCGUCUCGCUCAGCGAGGUCCCUCCUCUGACGACGCGCGGCCUCAUCGUCGCCGCAUGCAACGACGGCCGCGGCGAGGUGCUGCGCGUCGACGGCGUCAAGCGCGGCAUUGCCUCGGGCUGGGAGUUUGAGGAAGAGGCCCUCGACAGCGUCUAUGCAGGGUCAAUCGACCGCAAGGGCCAGGGCUUCAUCAACCGUGUCUUCUUUGGCAGCGGCCAGAAGCUGCUCAACUUCCACGUCUUUUGGGCCGAUGCCAACGACGGCGAGGGCCAGGUGACCGGCCAGUCGUUCCAGUACGACCACGACCUGCACGGCGACGUGUUUGCGGCGCCGUUUGAGGUCUCGCAGGUGUCGCCGUUCCAGCUCGUGACGCGGGCCACCUUUGUCACGGCCUCGGCCUCGGUGCGCAUGAUCCAGGAGGACCGCCACAUGUGGAUGCGCGAGGACGGCCUCUCGCACACGACGGCCUCGAUCCUCAUUGACCUGCCCGAGGCCAAGCUGGGCGAGGGCGCAGCAGGCGAGGGCGAUGCGGCCCGUGUCAUUCUCCAGGGCGAGGGCUUCCUCGCGCGGCUCCAGCGCCACGCCUUUGCGCUCCAGGACCUGCCUGCGUGGACGAUGGGGACGGUCACGCGCAUCGUCCAGGACAUCCCCGGCAGCAUGGACAACUUCAAGGCAUUCCCGCUGCCCGGCAGCAAGAAGGGCGCAGCGGGCGAUGAGGACACGACGGAGAUGUGGAAGCUGCCCCAGAACACCAUGGCUCAGCAACAACCGCCGCCGCCGCAGCAGCAGCAGAAGCCACUUCAACAACAGAAGAGGCCGCUGGGAGGCGUCGCAGCCGCCGACACACCCAAGCGGAGGCCGCCUCCCGCCGGUGUGCCAGAGGUCAACACGCGCAGGGUGACAAAGCCAGCGAAUCCAGACGACGUCCCCCCACCGACAUCGCUCGCGCCCCGCGUCGCCGACCGUGCCAAUGUGACGGCGACGCUGGUGCGCGAUGCCUUUGGGCUCCGCAAGCUGCUCGUUGCCACGAGCGAAAAGGGCAAGAUCUACGCCAUGGACAGCCAGACGGGUCGGUUUAUUUGGGAAAAGAGCCUCGUCGGGUUUGGGGACGGCGAGGGUGCGCCGGUGCCCAAGGUCGAGAUCAAGCUGCUGGCGCUCACGCGGCCCAUCGGCGGUGCCCCUGCGGCCGUCGCCGUGGAUGCGGGAGGAGUGGCUGCCACGACGACGACGACGGCGGCGGCAGCAGCUGAGGAGGAAGAGAAGCAGGCGAGUGCCCAGCUGGCCCAGCCGGGGCUCCUGACCGUCAUUGCCCAUGUCAAGCCGCCGGGAGGCAUCACGGUGACGCGCAUGUGGGAAAUUGACCCCUUGACUGGCGAGUUUCCCACGGGCGUCGACAAGGGCCAGACGGGCACAGCCCUCUUUGUGGGCGACGCCAAGGACAGCUUCCUCCUGCCCCUCCAGGCCGACGAGACCGGCGGCGGCGGCAGCCAGUCGGUCGUCGGCGUCGUCGACGGCAAGACGAACCACCUGCACGUCUACCCAGACUCGCCCAGCGUGCUCAAGGCCUUUGAGUCGCUCUCGCCAAACUUUGUCUUUAGCUUCGUCGAGGGCGAGGGCAGCGGCAGGUUGGCGGGGUACGCCGUCGUUGACCCGACAGCCAAGCAGGCACCCUCGGGCCGGAGCACGUUUGCGAGCGAAAAGGUCUGGCAGGUCCUCUUUGACAGGGGCGAGGAGGUGGUGCAGGUGGCGCGGUCCACGUCGCUCAGGGAUGCCGUGGCGUCGCAGGGCAAGGUGCUGGGCAACCGCCAGACGCUGUACAAGUACCUCAACCCGCACGCCCUCGUCGUCGUAACGCGCGACGUCGUCCGGCGCACCGCCAAGGUCUACGUCGUCGAUGGCAUCCGCGGCACCAUUUUGCACGAGGCCGUCGUGGCGCCCGAGGGCAAGUUCUCGCUCUCGGCUGCCAAGCCCACGGUCGCCUUCACGGAGAACUGGAUCACCGUCUCGGCCAGCGUCGAUGUUGACGAGGGCGAGGCGCUGGCCGAGUACAAGGGCAAGCACACGCAGACGCGCGUCGUCAGCAUCGAGCUGUACGACGUCGACACGGGCUUGGGCAGCAGGGACGAGACGUGGAAGUGGAAGGGCGUGUUCAGCUCCUUUGCCUCGCGUCUCUCGGAGCACGGCGAUGGUGGCGCUGCUGGUGCUGGUGCUGCUGGUGAGGGACAGGCGCUGGCCGCGUCGCCGAUCCAAGUGUUCAGCCAGGUGUAUGUGCUGCCCUACGCCGAUGGCCUGCGCGCCAUGGCGGCCACGCGGACGCGGCACGGCAUCACGCAAAAGGCGCUCCUGGCCUCGAGUGCCGGCGACGCGUCGCCCUCGACGGGCGGCGGCCUCCUCAUCCAGCUGCCGCGCAGGCUGCUCGACCCGCGCCGCGUCACCGGUGGCCGCAAGCCCACGACGGCCGAGCUGGAAGAGGGCCUGAGCCCGUACGAGGCCUACGUCCACGACGCCGUGGCGCCCGGCACCGCCAGCCGGCUUCGCUUUGCCACGGGCAGCAUGCAGGAGGCCGACUGCAUCACGGCCGCGCCCGCGCUCCUCGAGAGCACGAGCGUCGUCUUUGUCAGCGGCCUCGACUGGCUCGUCGCCAGCGUCACGCCCAGCGGCACAUUCGACAUUCUCUCGGCUAGCUUCAACAAGCCCCAGCUCAUCCUCACUAUCGCCGUCCUCUCUGUCGGACUCGCCGUGACCAAGCCCAUGGUCGCCGCCAAGUUCCUCAAGGCCAGGUGGUGAUCUCACAGGGAAAAGGCUCAACAAGGGGUGUCGCAGGACAGUCAGUGUUCAUAGAUCGGUUCUUCAAAUAAGAAAGCGCAAUGAAGGAAAAAAAGUGUCAAAAGUGAUCCUUG